GAUACGGAUGUCUUUAUUCUGAAUAGGUGCUUAGAUAGAUUAAAUUCCAUUCAUCGUCAUGAUUGUGUGUUUCUCUUCGUUGUUCCCUGCAUAUGGUUUCUUGCAGCUAGUUAUGUGUGUAUGGAGGAUGACUCUGCGCCAGGCUGCAAGAGUCCGAAAAAUCAACGAUUUCUGCUUGCAGCGGCUCCAUGCGAAGGAUCAUUGUUAGUUACUUUUUGUUUUGCAUGAGUUGUAUUUUACAUUAAGUUUGUACUUUUCCGUUGCCUUUCGUUGUUUGCAAUUAUAGGUCUUGGUCAUAAAUUACGUCUUUGUCGCAUCAAGUCCAGCUAUAACUACGGAGUACAGAUAUAUAUAUAUAUAUAUAUAUGUAUAUCUCGUCAGGUGUUCUACGUACAACCCUCCAUAAACACCGCCACUGAUAUUGACCGACCCUACCCCGUCGGUUACCGCCAACAUCCAUGGGGUAUUAAUAUAGUCUAAACCGUCAGCCGUCAUGAAUAACGUUGAUAUCGGAAAGUACAAGAGAAUCGUGCAAUACUUCUGGGAUCCUGAGCCUAAGAAUGACGAUGAACCCGGCUCCCCCAUCUGGUGUCUGGGGCGAGUUUACCAGCCACUGACUCCCCCGCAACCACAACCGCAACCACAAUCACCACAGACCCAGGAGGAUGAUAACAAGACGCGGGAUGAACAUAGAAAUGAUUCAGAUCAGACAACAAAUGCAGUAGCUACGAGGCCACCAGAUAAUGGUCCCCGCCUAAAUAGCCAGGUGCCGCUUUUCGCAAACCACCAUGGAUCCACCACAGCAAACCCACCAGGACAACAAGGGCAGCAGGACUGGCCAGCGGCCUUCCUAGAUGACUUCGAGUCGAAGAUAUGGCUCACGUAUCGGUCUAGCUUCCCGCUGAUUCCAAAGUCUAGCGACCCCAACGCUGCGUCGGCCAUGACGCUGGGCGUUCGCCUCAGAAGCCAACUGGUUGAUCCGCAGGGAUUUACAACAGAUACAGGAUGGGGUUGUAUGAUUCGAUCGGGACAGAGCUUGCUUGCAAAUGCGCUGGCGAUAUUAUUUUUAGGUCGAGAGUGGAGACGGGGCACCAAAGUAAAGGAAGAAAGCAAUUUACUCUCGCUAUUUGCCGAUGAUCCGAGGGCCCCCUUCUCAAUUCACAGAUUCGUGGAGCAUGGAGCUUCUGCGUGCGGAAAAUAUCCUGGGGAAUGGUUUGGCCCGUCUGCCACAGCAAGAUGCAUACAAGCACUAUCGAGCGAAUGCAAACACGCCGGUCUAAACGUCUACGUCACAAGUGAUGGCUCAGACGUCUACGAAGAUCGAUUCCGGGCAAUAGCCAGCGGAGGCGGCACAGGCACAAGCACAGAUAUCCGCCCCACCUUAAUCCUCCUCGGAAUCAGACUGGGCAUCGACCGCGUCACGCCCGUAUACUGGGAAGCGCUCAAGGCCGUGUUGAAAUACCCACAGGCCGUAGGGAUAGCAGGCGGCCGCCCCUCUUCCUCCCACUACUUCAUCGGCGCGCAAGGCUCCCACUUCUUCUACCUGGACCCGCACCACACCCGCCCUGCCCUCCCCUACCACGUCCCCGUCGACCAACAGUACACCGACGAGGAGCUGAACACCUACCACACGCGCCGGCUGCGGCGGCUGCACAUCAAGGACAUGGAUCCUAGUAUGCUAAUUGGCUUCCUGAUCCGCGACGAGGAUGACUGGGAUAACUGGAAGCGGAACGUGCGCGGUGGUGCGGUAACUGGGAAUGGGAAAGCGAUCAUUCAUGUUUUUGAUAAGGAGACGUCACCGUUUGGUGGGCAUGGGUCGGAGAGGGAAGGGGCUGUUGAUGAGGUUGAGGCGUUGGAUGAAUAUGAUGACGAUGAUGAUGAAUGUGACGAUUGCGACGAACGCGUUGACGGCGAUGAGAGGAGCAUCCGCGACGACGAUGUUGGGGAUAGCCCCAGUGUUUUACAUAUAUCAAAAUGACGCGCAAGUCAAUUCUUUUGUUUCGGCUGGUUGGUUGGUUACAUGGUUUUAUCAAGUUUUCUCGUCGUCCUGGAUUUCUUCUGAUUUCUAGUCAUUUUCAUGACAUGACAAGCCUGGGCUGUAUAUAGUAUCGAUUUUGUUCUUGGCUUAUGGAUAGAAACACGUAUCUAUUUGACAUCAAAAAUCAUCGACCGUCUUCCCCACGUGAAAAUGAAGAUGCAAAAGCUCCACGCAUUCCACAUCGGAGAUCUUGAUUGCAAGAGACAAAUACCAGGAGAGACUUUGCACAAUAAAAGCAAAUUGAAUUUUCUUGCCUUAAUCAAGGAGGCGGCCAGUGGCCAGUGAACCCAUGCCGGACUGCCUUCCAUAUUCCAGUAAUUUAUUGUACAUUCCAUCAAACCGAUACGAAUUGCAACCCAUAGACAUGUGGAAUGUUGCAAAGUGGAAUAAAAAAUAAAAAAUAAUUGAAAACAAGGAAAUAACAAAUUCAAAACCGUCCCAUGAAGCGUUAGAGAAACAAGAAAACCCACUUAACACCCGUAGCCACCUCACUGAGCCGCAGAGAGAAAAAAAACAUUCGACCAUGAGGAAUUAAAAAAAGAAAAACCAUAUAAUAGAAGAGAAAGCAAGAAAACAAAAAAAAAAAAAACAAAGUCGUUUAUUUGGCAGACGAAGAGUACUUGGUGACAGCCUUUGUGCCUUCGGAGACGGCGUGCUUGGCAAGUUCACCUGGGAGGAUGAGUCUCACGCUUUAAAAACGAGAUGUUAGUGACGCGACGCGACUGGAUGACAUAUUGAUGGAACAGGCAAAGCUUACGAAGUCUGGAUUUCUCGAGAAGAGAUGGUGGAUUUCUUGUUAUAGGCAGCAAGCUUGGAGGCUUCGGUGGCAACGCGCUCGAAGAUGUCUACCAUUGAGGAAUUUGAUUAGUGGAUGCUCUGCGAAUAAUCAACGGGGGUAUUUAUCGCGACUUACCAUUGACGAAGGAGUUAAGGAUGGACAUGGCACGGUUCGAGAUACCAGUAUCAGGGUGGACUUGCUUGAGGACUAAGAAACAAAGACGCGUUAGUAAUGUGUUGUCAUAGCGAUUUUUCGAUGGAUAUACGGAUAUACGGGGAAAGUGAAGAGGGAGAGAAUAACAUACCUUUGUAGAUGUAGGAGGAGUAGGUUUCUUUUCUGGUCUUGGAUCGCUUCUUCUUCUCACCA